ACUCAAUUCUAUCAAUCAGUCAAUCAGUCAAUCCUCCAAUCUAUCGAUCACAAUCAAUCAUGACUCUCCCCUCGAACGUACACGUCUCCUCCCAUCCCCUCCUCCAAGCCAAGCUCUCCCAGCUUCGAUCCGCAUCGACCUCCACCCGCGAGACGAGGAGUCUGGUCCAUGAGAUUGCAACCAUUCUCAGCGUGGAGGCGUUUGCUGCGGGAUGGACAAUCAAGACGUCGGGGACGGACACUACCCCCCUCGGCACCGAGUAUCAAACGAAAGACAUCGAUCCGUCGGAUAUCGCCCUCGUGCCGAUUCUGCGGUCGGGGUUGGGGAUGAUUGAGGCAAUAAACGCCCUCCUCCCCACCUCCAUCCCAAUCUACCACCUCGGCCUCUUCCGCGAACGUCUCACCCUCCAACCCGUCGAAUACUACAACAACCUCCCUUUCCAACCUACCAAAGACGACACCAACACUAAUACUGCUGCCGCGUCGACGGCCAUCCUCCUCGAUCCCGUGAUCGCCACCGGCGCGACAGCCGAAGCAGCGAUCCAGUUACUGCGUGAAUGGGGCGUGCAGCGCGUGGUCAUGUUGAGUGUGUUGGGGUCGGAGGCGGGGGUGGUGAGAGCGGCGGGGACGUGGCCGGAGGGAGUGGAGGUGUGGACGGGGGCCGUGGAUGAGAGGUGUGAUGAGCGGGGGAUGAUUGUGCCGGGGUUGGGGGAUAUUGGGGAUCGGUUGUUUGUUGCGAUGGGGAAGUAG